GCUGCUCCAAAGUGACGUGCAUCAGUUUGACUCGCGAAGCCUCCAUCAAGCUGUCCCCCUUACAUGGGAAACAGAUCUCCAUUCGCUACCUGGACAUGACAGACUGCUUCGUCCUGGAGGACGAAGGACUGCACACCAUUGCCGCCCACUGCACUCAACUGACCCACCUGUACCUGCGCCGCUGCGUCCGCAUCACCGAUGAGGGUCUCCGCUACCUGAUGAUUUACUGCACGUCCAUUAAGGAACUGAGCGUGAGCGACUGCCGCUUUGUCAGUGACUUCGGCAUGCGAGAAAUCGCCAAGCUGGAGUCGCGCCUCCGAUACCUUAGCAUCGCUCACUGCGGCCGGAUCACAGAUGUGGGCAUCCGUUACAUAGCCAAAUACUGCAGCAAGCUGCGCUACCUCAAUGCGCGGGGCUGCGAGGGCAUCACGGACCACGGCGUGGAGUACCUCGCCAAAAAUUGCACAAAACUCAAAUCGCUAGAUAUUGGCAAGUGCCCUCUGGUCUCAGACACCGGCCUGGAGUUUCUAGCCCUCAACUGCUUCAACCUGAAGCGCCUGAGCCUGAAAUCCUGUGAGAGCAUCACUGGGCAGGGCCUGCAGAUUGUAGCCGCCAACUGUUUUGACCUGCAGAUGUUGAAUGUGCAGGACUGCGACGUCUCUGUGGAUGCUCUGCGGUUUGUUAAACGACAUUGCAAGCGCUGUAUUAUAGAGCACACCAACCCUGCCUUCUUCUGAAAGGACACCCCACACCCGUCGUUACAAUGCAGUAUUAAAAACACUGAUGUAUAAACACACGCUCCCAUAUUCAGUAAUGCUGUCUUUUCUAUAGCUCACGGGAGUCAGCUUUUCUUGUAUGUUGUGAGUGAGGGGGGUUUCUAGAGAACUAUUUUGUUUGCUUUUUGUAUGAUCACUUUUUAAGGUGCCGUGCGUCUCCGUGGAGAGGCUGCCUUAAUGCAAAAGCAAUGAGUGCUCAGCAUCCCUGGUGGGGUGCCAUUUCCAUAACAGCCAUGAUCUCGUCCCAGGCUACUGUAGCUACCUCCAAAGGAAAUAGCACAUAAUCCCUCCUUUGGAAACACUACUAAGCUGUGUCAAAUACAUCUGAAUUCCAGCUGUGCUCAUGAAGCUGACUAUGCAAUAUGUGUCUGGGUUCCCCAACUUCUCCCAGUAUGGUUGACAAAGCAUCCUCUUGUCUCCAAGUAGUUUCUUUUUGGUAGCCAUCCAUUGUAAUCUGUCAGGAAAUACUGGGUAAAGUUCUUAAACAUACUUGAUUGAGGCAGAAGAAGACCUGCUGGCCAUUGCCACACACUCUGCUGAGUGACUCUGGAGAUUGUGCCUGUGUGUGGAUUCUGUCAGAAAGCCCACCCCCGGGUCACUCGUGCAUC